UCGAAACCUUACUGGAUUCCUGAUGAUGAUUGUCCGAUGUGCAUGCUGUGCAAUGCACGUUUUUCUCUGAUAAACCGGCGACAUCAUUGUAGAGCCUGCGGUCGUGUGGCUUGUGCAGCUUGCUGUAAAGAGCGAGCCACGCUUGAGUAUAUGAAGGAUGACCCGAAAAAACGUUCUCCCGCACGUGUCUGUACCCCAUGCGCUUCCAUGCUUGCUCGCAUUGAAGAUUACGAGAAGAUGAUGAGAGAACACGCAGAAGGAGGCGAUUCGGUCGAUGCUACGCCAUCGACUUCAACAGGCAUUCGUGUGACGCGUGGUGUUCUGAAAACCCAUGCUUCGAAUGAAGCAGAACCGGAUGCAUCGCACGCAGACGCGCAUGAAAAGAAGCGAUGCGUUGUUUUCAGAGAUGGCGUAAAACCUGGUGCUACAUCGCCUACUUCGCUAAAUCCUCCUGCCGAGGAGAAGAGCACGACCGUGAAGCCAAAGAAGAAGAAUCGCAAAAGGCACGCGGUCGUCCGCCGAAUAGCUGAGCUGAGGCUUGAAGAAGAGCUGGGUUGUGCGUUGCCCACAUCCACGCGCCCGGAAUUUCUCAUUAUUUCGCCCAGUGGGGAUAUGGAAAUGGUUGCUGAGGAGUGUGUGGUAUCUCGGCUCAAAGAAGACCUUCCGGUAACUAUAGUCCUGAAGAAGAACCUGUCGUGUGUUGUGAAGAUAUGUAAA